CAUGCUACCUCGGAAAAAUGAAGCUCUCUGAUCGUACAGUCAUUAAUUUCAAAGUAGCAAAGAUAUUCAGAGAGAAUACGGAUAGAAUAAAUAGUGUAGAUUUCGCUGUCAAUGGCGAAACAAUAAUAACAAGCAGUGAAGAUGAUUCUAUUGUCAUAUAUGAUUGCUUAAACGGAACACCUAAAAGGACCUUGAACAGCAAAAAAUAUGGAGUGGACUUGAUACGCUAUACACAUGCAGUCAACACAGCUUUGCACUGUUCAACCAAAAUCGAUGAUACCAUACGGUAUUUAUCGUUGCACGACAACAAAUACAUCAGAUAUUUUCCAGGGCACACAAAAAAAGUCGUGACAUUAAACAUGUCCCCCAUAGACGACACAUUUUUGUCUGGGUCCAUGGACAAGACAAUCCGUCUGUGGGAUCUGCGAUCACAAAAUUGUCAGGGACUGAUGAACCUUUCUGGGCGACCUGUGGCAGCAUUUGACCCAGAAGGAUUGAUUUUUGCAGCCGGAAUCAAUUCUGAAUGUGUGAAGUUGUAUGAUCUUCGCUCAUUUGACAAGGGCCCAUUCAACGUCUUCAGGCUGCCACAAGACAAGGACUGUGAUUGGACACAGCUCAAAUUUAGCCCAGAUGGGAAGCUUAUUCUCAUCUCAACGAACGGAUCAGUACUCCGCUUAAUUGAUUCAUUUCAGGGGGCACCUCUUCAAAUAUAUGCAGUAAGGGGUCACCAACCAAAGGGGGUGCCACUAGAGGCGUCUUUCAGUCCAGACUCGCGCUACGUUUUCUGUGGUUCAACAGAUGGCAAGAUACAUUGUUGGAGCACAGAGACUGGGAAGAAGAUAGCCGAGCUACUGGGGGAUCAUCCUGGACCCAUUCAACAUGUUCAGUUCAAUCCCAAAUACAUGAUGUUUGCCACAGCUUGUACAAAUAUGGCAUUCUGGUUACCAUUAACUGAUGACUGAGCGGUUCCCCUGGAGUGUGGACAGACAUCCAAGUGUGUGUGAUAAAUGUUGUCAUGAGAUUUACUGUAGUGUAAAAAGGCAGCUGUACUUGGCCAUAAUCAUCCCCAGUUGCCUGACCAAUCAGAACACUAGGAUUGAUCCAACGCUGCGCUGAGAGACAAUCGGCACGUCGGAUGUAGACCGGGAGACGCGGAAGUCCGCCACACAAAGGACUGCACGCCAAGCUCAGGAUAUGCAUCAUUCACCCACACAGUACAUCUUACAUCCAUCAGAGUUAUCUCCCUUUUGUUAUCAUGGCCGCCGCCAGGACAGAAUCUCAACACGCUCACACUGUCACAGCAUGAUCACCGUGUUUUAGUUAGUGGAUGAAGAGAGAUGUAUUUUUGUCAUCGCUACUGUUACUUAGUUACCUUUUCAUUCUUCAUCUUGUUUCUUAUAAGAUUGGAAUUAUUUGAAGCUGUGAGGUUAAUUUUUGUUAUUUUAAUUUGCCUUAAAGGAUCAAAACAGCCGGUAUGGAAUAUGAAUUAUGGUACUUCAUCAUUGGUCAGAAAGCCAAAGUGUAAUAAAAUUAUCAUUGGUCAUGUAAAUGUUUCUGAAAGCUUCUUAUGUGAAUACAGUGUGUUUAAAUGAUGGAGAUUGACUUGCAAUUGUGCAUGAAAUUUGACACAGACUGAAGUGCAUCGGUUAAAUAUAAGCAUGAAAAUCAAGAGCCCCUAGCCUGACCCAAAUGUUAAGGUUAAAGAUGCAAGGGGUCCCUUGAUUGAAACCUAUAGCAGCAAACCUGACAAACCCAAGGAACCUGUUUGGCUUAAAACUCUGCAUCACUGACCUUUGGUAUUCUGAACUGACCAACAGUGAUGCUUCUAAUAGGUCUUGCAAGAAGUGUGUUGAAAGACGUUUUUAUUGUGGACAUUAGAAUACAUCAACAUUUCAUGGGUCUAUAUACAAUAUGUUCCUUCAUCACCCAUUGAUACACUGGACUGACUAAUAGUAAUGUGUCAGUGAGUGAAUGUAAUGAGGCUGCUUAUAACCCCUUGAAAGACAAGCCAACUCUCAAGCUUGAACCAACAAACCCUCAAGCUUGAACCAGGCAUCCCUCAAGCUUGAACUGGUACCCACAAGCUUGAACCAGCAAACCCUCAAGCUUGAACCAGGCAUCCCUCAAGCGUGAAUCUGGUACCCUCAAGCUUGAACCAGCAAACCCUCAAGCUUGAACCA